AUGGUGUACUACGGCGUGCUGAGUAGAGGCUGUCAGCGCUGCCGCAAGCGCAAGAUCAAGUGCGACGAGCAGAAGCCGGGUUGCUUGCGCUGCCACAGGUCCGAUGUGCCGUGUCCGGGAUACCGUGAUCUCGACCAUGUGCGGUUCAGGGACGAUACCAGGCGGACGAUUCUUCGGGCUGGAAAUCGGGAAACCCAGGCGCCAGGUAGGAUCCAUGUCAGCCGGAUGAAUUCCCAAGACAUUUUGAGUCCACGUCCAUCCGUAUCCGAUUCUGGGAACGCUAUCAGGAGGGCCAUCCCCAGAGCCAUUCCGGUGCGCCAUCAUGAGCUCAGCGCGAGCUUCUAUUUCUCCAAGUAUGCGUUUCAUGAGGUUCCGCUUUCGGAAGCGUACCAGAGCUGGCUCACAGAAUCGUAUCGUGAUGCCCCGGUUCUGAAAGCUGCCAUCGAGGCCGUUGGCAUGGCUGGCAUGUCAAACGUCCUAUAUGCGCCCCAUCUCGAGGUCCAAGCUAGGAAACGAUAUUCCGAAGCACUGGCUUCCACUCAGCAGGCCUUGAAUGACGCAGACCAUGCAGCCGAUGACACGACACUGAUGGCUGUAAUCCUCCUCGGCUUGUUCGAGACACUGAACUUCCGCAAUGGCGACCAGUACCGCAGCUGGGAGACGCACAUCAAAGGGGCCUUGACGCUGCUCGAGCUGCGCGGCCAGGAGCAAUUUAGUCGCGAGCGAGGCGGCCAGCUUUAUACCCAAAUUCGCUCUCAAAUUCUGUCAGUCUACAUGCAGCAGAACUCGGGCGUGCCAAGGGCGCUUGCACAGGCGGCACGCAGCUUCCAGACCAGUAGCACCAGGCAGCGCUGGCGGAAGAGCAAUAUUGCCACUCCGAGCUCAAUCUUUGAGAUAUCGUUUCGAAUCGUGAACCUGCGGGCAGCGAUGCUCCGAGGAGACGCAGGUUUGGACCGCAAAGCCGCCAGAGAGACUGCAAUGGAUAUCGACCGAGAACUCCAAGCGUGGAGUGCGGCUUUGCCCCAGGAGUGGAACUAUCAGAUUGAAAUACUCGACGGCCCUUUGGAUGGCGGCUUCGGCGGAAUUAGGCACGUUUAUCCUAGCCUGUGGAACGCAGAGGUGUGGAACAAUUGGCGUCUUGUCCGAGUGUUGGUCAGCCGCAUUCUCCUGGACACCAGCACAGAGAGCCACGGCGAGCCAAGCCUGGAACCAAGCGUGGCAAGUAUAGUAUCGCGGAUCCGCCAGUAUUCCGAAGACAUUUGCGUAUCGACCAAUGCUUUGAUUGACACGCCACGUAUCCUCUCUCUCAUCCGGCCGCUAUGCGUCGUCGCUUUGGAAGAGCCGAACCUGGCGAGCGUGCGGUUCGUUGCCGUCGACCGGCUGCGUCGGAUUGGGUCGUCUAUGGGUGUCAGGCAGGCGGUGCUGCUAGCCGACACAGUGGCCCGGAGCCUCAGCGAGCCGCAACCGCACAACUCGGCGCGGCCCUCGAGCUGCUGGGAUGUGCCCAUGAUGCCAUUCUGUUAG